AGCGGUCGAGCUUGAUGGAGUGAGUCCCCCUGUUGCCACCACCCCCUACUGAUCCGUUGACCACAAGAUCCCCUUCACCCCUCCGCCUCCAGGCACGAUGGCGGCCUCUCGCCGGCGCAUCCUCUCCUUCGACAUCUAUCCGAGGCCUGCUCUCCUAGGCGCCUACUACCUUUCGGCAGUGGUGGGGAUUCGGCAAAGAUCUGCUUCGCCACCCCUCAUCCCUCGUUCUGUGGCAUCAAGGCCGGGACGCCCAGUACAGCGGCGAGGGUGCCGCAGGUCAACGGCAUCCCGCCCAACUCUGUCGUGUGCAGUGCACACCUCGCGGUGCUGCAAGUUCUGGGGCGGCGGGAGUGAGCAGUGCAGUGCAGAUAAAAAUGUCGUUGCAGGUAGUUGUGGUUGUCGGUGCAGUUCGCAAGCGCAUGAUGGCAUGACGGCGUGCAGUUCCCUGGUCGCAGUCGAGCUGAAUGUGUGGUGUUGGACAAGAUGCAGUACGGUUGGUGUCACCGUGCAGCUCAUUGGCUAACAGCAUGCAGUUUGAUACAUCUGUUUUACAGUUCUUUUGCUAUGUCCUGUGGUAUCUGUGUCCUAUGUUGGGCCAAAGUGUGCAGGGCAAUAGGGCUUGCGUGGAGUUUGGGGGUAAGCACAUUGCAAAAAUUGCAGUGCGGUUUGGCGACAGUGGAAUUGCGGUGUGGUUCGGCGCCCGUCGAGGUGAAUUUCGUCCACGGGGACCUUGUGUUCUUUUUUUGUCAAAAAAAUUAUGCAUGACGAAGCCACAGGCGCCACCGACGAAGCAGUACCGAUGGCGACGCCGUGCAGCUCAUCAGUGACAUGCGCGUGGUUCUGCACCUAGCAGCGUGUAGCCACCUGAUGCACAUCAGUACAGUUGGAUCUCAUGGAGUUUUAGAUACUUAUUUCGGCAUUCAGAUUUGCAGUGUAGUGCGUACUCGUGGAAACCAAAAAAUGCCUGUUUAUUCUUGAUGCUUUUUCUUGCAUUGAAAAACUUGUUAUGCCUUAAGCAGUGCAGUUAAUUGUUGGGUG